AGUGACCAAAUGUGUCUUUAACCGGGAAGGAAAAGAAGAAACAGAAAAGUAUCCGAGUAUUUUUUUUUCUGGCCUUCGUUGUUCCUCCCUGUGUCCCUCACACGGUUUCGUCUGUCAAGCGAGAGCGCAGAACCACAGAUCGACGGGGGGAAUCCGGCGGCAAAACAAUCAGAGGUUGAACAUAAUGGCAAUGGCGUUGUCGUGGAAUCAUCUCAGUGCCUAUCAGAAGGCACCGUCAUCUCUCCAAGUAGUGUGCAGAAGGAAGGAACGAGAUAGAGGAGGAGAUCAAAUCCAUCCUUACAAAGUCAUCGAGAUCACUCCGCCUCCUAAGAACCUCGGCGUCCGCUGCUUCCCUCCCAACCUGCAGUGUGGGGAGAGUGUGACGAUUGAAGGGCAAACAUACACGAUAUCGUCGGUCACUCAUCGGUACCAGCUCCGGAAGGGGAAGUACGAACCCAGCGAGAAGAGGCUUGAUGUUCUGUCCACAGGGAGAUACAUCUUGAACCUGUAUCUCGAAAAUUUGCUUGAACAAUCUUGACCAGCCGGCUAUCCAUCCAACCUAAUCCUCUUUGACCAGCAUUAUGUUUAGCUCCAAAACCGACUCUCAAGCCUGAAUAUGCCGAUCUCUUAUUUAUCUUAGCGCUGCACAAAGCUCGUGAGGAACUUGUUUAUAAGAUUGAACUCUCCCUAAGCAUUGCAAAUCUGCUAGCUUCAUUUGUAUCCAGCAGCAGCUGAGUACCCGGUAGCAAUAUCUCGGCUAUCAGGUCCAUCUUUUGUAAUCCAUAAGACUGUUAAGACUGUACCAUAUCUAUCAUCAGGAAGCGUACAUUGUCAAUCAUCUGAAGUAUCUUGUACCGCGCAUAGAAUCUUGUAACGAUAUUUCAAUGUGUUUAGGGUGCUUGCUUUCUCUUACGACUUAAACGCGCAGCUCACUCUCUUGCCCGUCUGAUGUUCUGUGUUGUAGGCAAGGAAGGAGUUAGUUAAGGGCACCGUUUGGUGGUGAGAGGUCUUGGCUGGCUGGCAAUGGAUGAUGGUGGGACUGGGACACUGAGGUGAGAUACGAAUACGAUUGCUUUGUCUGCAUGAUGAUUUGUUAUGUGUUAUUAUCUCUUCCCAGAUUUUUUCCACUGCAAUUUGCAUGCUAUAUUAUGAAAAUGAUUUGUCUCGGACAUGCUUUUUUGAGGGCCUUUUUUGCAUUAGGCCGAUUGAUGGGUCGAUUCAUUUUUGUGUGUGGAGAUUGAGGUUUUCGUCCCCACAGACUUUGGAAGCAUGUCUAUGGUUGUUUGUUCUUCUCUCUGAUAUCUGACCCGGACCCGGGUCAUCGUAGGGUCGCGCUCGCUCCACGUGGUCGAAUCUAAGAACGUAGACAUGGACGAAUGGCUGAGAUGGCAGGAGGAUCAGUACACGGAAUGGAAGGCACCCGUACCGUUUGAUGUGAAAAUGGCGGGAGGGACAUGAAACAACACAACCACCAUAGAUGCUGCUGCCUAAGCCUAACCUCUGCCCUACACACUACAAUUGCUUUGCCCUGAGUGGGUCCAACCUUGAACCGGACCCUUCCUUGGUUGGAUCAUGGCAUUGGCACCAGCCCAAAUCAGGUUGAAUGAUUCCUUAUGGGGUUGGAAUCAGGUAAUGGUUUAUAGGAUGGCGUGUUUCGUGAUUUAUGGUCAUUGGAUGUUCGCGUAAAUGUGUGGUUCAACGGUUAGAUCGUAAUUGGAUUGAUGGUAUAUUUAGUUAUGUGCUUGUUUUAUUGGUUUUGGUUAGAUUGAGUGAUUUGGCUACACGGGUUAAUACAGGUCGUGACUCAAUCAAGUUACUAAUAGUUUGAUGGUUGUAGGAAAAGGUCUAGAAAGCUCGAUUAAAUUUGAAAGGAAAGAGAUAGUUGUAUUGCUGAUAUAAAAUCAUAUCAUUCAA